CUCCGAAGUCUCGCGAGACAGCGCGGAGGGGGCGGGCAGCGGGCCGGCAUGGCGGCGGCGGGAGCUUGGCUGAGGAGCGGCGCUAAGCUGAAAAGAAAUGUGCCAGCAUACUUGGCAGCCUCUUGGAGGGCUUCUCAGUGUGUCUAUAGAUCCUCCAAAUCAGAACUUAUGCCAAAUGUGACAACUGAUGGAUUCAUCUGUGCUCCGCUUCAAACAUUCACUGAAGAGGAGACGAUGCUGAAAAAUAUGGUGAAAAGAUUUGCUCAGGACCGAGUUGCACCUCUGGUACAAAAAAUGGAUGAGAAUUCGAAAAUGGAAGACUCUGUAAUAAAGGGAUUGUUUGAACAAGGGCUGAUGAGUAUCGAGCUUGGGGAAGAGUAUGGAGGAACUGGAGCUUCAUUUUUUUCCGUCAUAUUGGCAGUAGAAGAAUUGGCCAAAGUUGAUCCAACUGUAGCUCUGAUGUGUGAACUCCAAAAUACCCUGACAAAUAGGUUAUUUACCACAUAUGGAACAGAAGAACAAAAGAAAACCUACUUGCCUAAAGUGUCUAAAGAUACAAUAGGCAGUUUUUGCCUGUCAGAGGCUGGAUCUGGCAGCGAUGCUUUCUCUUUGAAGACUCGUGCUGAAAAGAAAGGAGACUACUAUAUUAUCAAUGGCUCAAAGAUGUGGAUUACCUUAGCAGAACAUGCAGGGGUUUUCUUUGUGAUGGCAAAUACAGAUCCUUCCUCAGGAUACAAGGGAAUUACAUGCUUCAUAGUAGAUCGUGACACAGAGGGACUACAUGUAGGCAAGAAGGAGGAUAAGCUUGGAAUCAGAGCAUCGUCUACUUGCCCAGUAACAUUUGAAAAUGUUAAGGUUCCUGAGACAAAUAUCCUUGGGCAGAUUGGACAGGGCUACAAGUAUGCGAUUGGAAUGCUGAAUGGUGGCAGAAUAGGGAUUGCUGCACAGAUGUUAGGACUGGCACAGGGGUGUUUUGACCAUGCAGUUCCAUACACAAAGGAGAGAGUCCAGUUUGGGAAACGUGUAUUUGAUUUCCAGGCAAUGCAGCACCAGAUAGCUCAGGUGGCCACACAGUUGGAGGCUGCCAGGCUGUUGACCUACAAUGCAGCCCGUCUUGCAGAAACAGGAAAGCCAUUCAUAAAAGAGGCCAGCAUGGCCAAAUACUAUGCUGCAGAGGUUGCAACACUAACUACUAGUAAAUGUAUUGAAUGGAUGGGUGGUGUUGGAUUCACAAAGAAUUAUCCAAUAGAAAAGUACUACCGUGAUUGCAAAAUAGGUACAAUAUAUGAAGGAACUUCAAACAUCCAGUUGAGCACCAUUGCAAAAAGCUUAGCACAGGAGUAUUGAAAGUUUAAGAACUUUGUGACCAUCAACAGAAACAAUUUCACUGAGCGUUAAUCACUAAUUACAGUUUUUUUUGUGUUUAUACAAAAUCAAAAGUGAUAUCAUAAAUAAGUCAUCAGAGACAAAAUCACAAGGAAAACAGUGAAUUCCUUACUUCAGGACAGUGAAUGUGUAAAUCAUGCUAGAUCUUGAGUUAAAAGCAUCUCUUAGCUGAAAUUAUUUUGCUGCUUUUGAUUAUACAAGCACUGUGUCUGAACUUCAAGAUUUCAACCUGAAACAAAAGAAAUGUUUAAGUUGCCUGAUGUAAAAGCUUCUGUUAAGCUGCCUGUGGGAAAGUUCUCUUCGUGUGCAGCCCAACUGUUGCACGGUGUAACGCUUCAGUUUGUUCUUUAUGCCUUUUUUUUUUUAGCAUGGGGUAUGAGGAGAGCUGCUUGGAAAUAGGUAAAAGGGAUGGUUUUCCUCUUUUGGGGAUUGGUGUCUGCAGAGCUGCUGUAAUUGGAGUAAUUUUUUUUUUUUUUUUUCAGCCUUUAGUGUGUUCUUAAGUAUAUCUUGGUAAUUAAGCCCUUCCAGCUCCAGUCUAGUAUUGUAAGGUGGAUAAUGUCCACCUCCCUUUCCAGCAUUCACAGAAGUUAAGGGUUUAAAUCUAAGAGGCUAUUUAUAGAUAUCCUUUUAUAAAAGGUUGAGUUGAAAUCUUUGUGAAAUGGGGUUAAAAAGCUCUACUAGUUCUUCAGAAAGACAGAGGUAUAAGCUAGAUAAUAGGAAUGCUGUGAUACUACCUCACAGCGGCCUUUCCAUGUUCAAUGUGUGUUACCAACUUCAGUCCUCAGAACCUCCCUGAGAGUUAGGGAGGGAUUAUUGAUUUUUGGAGGAAAAAAAAAAUCAGGGAAGUUUGUGGUUUCUCUGCAACCAUUAAGAGACAGUUAUCUUCACUGGGGAGAGGAGGAAAUAAUUUUCUUGAUAUAUUUGCUGUUUUGUACCUCUCUGUUUACUUUAAAAUUAGACAUUUCCUUUACUUCUGAGGACUCUUCAGUGUUGGAGAACUAAUUAACUUAGAGUCAAGAGACUGAAAGUUUAUAUAAUUAUGUAAUUACUGUAACUGGCAAUGUGUUUCAAGUGUUUUGGGUGGGGAAAGAUUGGGUUUCUGUUUUGGCCGACUUAGAAGGAUCUCAUUUUUAAAGCUUCCUAGUCACUUAUGUGUAAUAUUGAGUGGAGUUUUGAAAGUUCCAAUCUGAGACUCCCAGAGAACUUUCUGGCCAGCUUUGGAAAAAGACCCUCAAUAGGUAUGUUUUGACAAGCACACUGCAGUGCCUUAUACAGAGAAACAAGCAAGGAGAAAAGCAUCAGUUCUUACACUUGCUUUAAGCCUCAAAGGGAAGUAACUAUUUUAGUGACUGACUUUCCCCACAUAUACCCUUUGCUUUAUUGACAGGCAAAGAACUAAUGAUAAUGAUAAUUAUGCCAAAUAAAAAAGCACUUUCCAUGUGAGUUUGUUCAAAAGAAUUCCUGAAAGUUUCCUCCUUAUAUAUUGUUGUUAAAAUACAUUUCAGGUUGUUUGCAGACUUUCUUUCAGAUUCUAGACUACAGUUAAGACUAUGAAUACUACAGUGACUAACAGCAGUUACUCUGCUCAAAAUAGGCAUCUGUGAGACUAUGCUGAUCGUAAUCUUACUAUAAAUACUUGAGUGUCCUUGAUUGCUAUGAUGCAAUGUGCAAAUGUGAGAGGCUGUCCUCAGCUGCUCCAGCCUGCUUUGCUAACACAAGUAUCAGAGAUCAGGUUUUGAUCCGUACUGUUUAAUGGGUCUUGUAGUACAAGGCAAUAUCUUAGCUUGGCUUCUUUAGAUUUGUGUGAGGCUACAGAGUGAGUGAUGGUACUUAACUGACUUAAUAUAGUGCUAAAAGCAAACCCUUUAUUAAGGAAAGUGCAGAGCUCCUUGAAGGACUGCUUAGGGCUGGAUGUUCAGCCUCAUGUAAAAGGACUGUCUCUUUGUGUAGAACUGUGUCAGGUGUCUAUUUAAAAUAGGGGGAAAAAAAGGGAAGAAAUUCAUAAUAAUGUGAUAUCUUGCAGUCUGAACUUGGCUGCUGUACUUCAAAAAACUACCUGGACAGCUUCAUCAGCAACUCAACAGUUCUUAGAAAGGCAAAGCCAGUCUUUUAGCUAGUAUUAUGACUGUAUUUCAUGUCUCCCUAUUCUGUAUGCUGUAUUCUCCAAAUUCUUUCUUUUGAAAGAAAUGAAUGCGUUUGAUUUCUGUCUACAAAAUUUUGUGGAGGAAUAUGCGCACAAGUAAACUUCAAUCACCGGGUUUCUUCCCAGAUUCCACUUUUCCUUAAAAAGGGCACACAACACUGUGUCAGCAUUGGCUGUUCUGGCCAUUUACUCUGGGAAGAGUUUGUUUGACCCCCUUAAGCCUGCUUCCAUGGCUGCAUGAAUGCAGUUGUUAAUUUAGUAAUAAGGUGUGCUCUGUUGUCCAGGAGCUGUUAUGAGCUGCCUGUAGCCCCCACCCCUGUUGAGUUUGGACAUGCAUGUAUGGAUUGUCAUAAAUUGCACUUUUGCACUUGGCACUGUUAAGCAUAGAACUGUUAAUGGCGGUUGGUCCAGUAGGUGUGGGGCAGCAGAGCUGGCAUGGUGAAUGUUACAUGACUUUCUGUGAUGAGAGUAGGACUUAAAGCUGCUUCAUACACAAUAUGUAUUUAUAUUAGUGAGUUUUCCUGUAUAUGUCCUUAGUCAUUUCAGUCAGUCUAGUCUAUUACCUUGGAACAACAUCUUCAGUACUCAAAUGCUACAUCUAGACUGGUUAGAAGAAAAAACCUUUGCUGAGAAUGUGUUAAAAAGUGCCUGAAUUUGAUAUCUGACUAGAUACAAUCCUAAUCUUGUGUAUCAGCUGAUAGUUCUCUAGUAAUCUGUCAUUUAAAUUUUUAAAUUGAAGUUUUUGUACUGAGACAGAAUGAAUAUAUCUUCCAUCGUAUUUCUUUCAUGUUACUCCGGUUUGUGAUAAAGCUGACGCAGGUAUCCACAGAAAGGUUUAAUUGUUAUCUGGAAAAUACUCAAAUAUAGCCUUUUAUAUGAUGUUUCUGAUGCUGUUGUUCUUUCUUGCGUGUUUUCUUUUCCCUAUGUGAAGAUUGUGUUAGAAAAGGAUGAUGUGAAAUACAGACUAAUUGUUCCACAGGAGCUUUUUACUAUGUAAAGAAUUUUCUAAUUAACAUCAUAUUACUUUUCCAUUUAGAAAUCUUUUGGUGAGAGACCUAUUUCAAGUUCUUCAUACCACAAUAAACUAGAUUUGAAACACA